AUGUCGGUCCAAGAGAAGACGACACGUGGGUCUAGUGCGGCUGCGCCCCGUAAAGUCCGCUUCAAUGUCGGGAGCGAGUACCAGAUUGUGGACGUGAUCGGGGAGGGUGCUUACGGUGUCGUGGUGAGCGCCAUACACCGACCCAGCAACACACGCGUCGCUAUUAAGAAGAUUGCACCGUUCGACCACUCCAUGUUCGCUCUCCGCACUCUUCGGGAACUCAAGCUGCUCAAGUACUUUGCCGAAGAGGGCGUUAGCGAAAAUAUCAUCACCAUCCUGGACAUCAUCCCACCACCUAGCUUUGAACACUUCAAAGAAGUUUAUUUGGUGCAGGAGCUCCUAGAGACUGACCUGCACCGCGUCAUUCGCACACAAGACCUCAGCGAUGACCACUGCCAAUACUUCAUCUAUCAGACGUGCCGAGCGCUGAAAGCACUCCACUCGGCGGAGAUCAUUCACCGCGACCUCAAGCCAUCCAACCUUCUGCUCAACGCCAACUGUGAUCUAAAGGUGUGCGACUUUGGUCUUGCACGCAGCACCCAGACCGCUUUUCCCAACAAGGAGCAAGGCUUCAUGACCGAGUAUGUGGCGACCCGGUGGUACCGUGCACCAGAAGUCAUGCUGUCCUUUAGAAUGUAUACCAAGUCCAUCGACGUGUGGUCCAUUGGGUGCAUCCUCGCCGAAAUGCUCAGCGGUAAGCCCAUCUUCCCGGGCAAGGACUAUCACCACCAGCUAUCCCUCAUCCUUGACGUACUCGGCACGCCAACGAUCGACGAGUUUUACGCCAUCACCUCCCGCCGCUCCAAGGAGUACAUCCGCACCAUGUCAUUCCGUAAGAAGAGAGCAUUUGAGACCUUGUACCCGAAGGCCAACCCGCUCGCCAUCGACUUCCUCACCAAAACACUCACCUUCGACCCACGCAAGCGGUACACCGUUGAGCAGUGCCUCGAGCACCCGUACCUCGACGCAUACCACGACCCCGAGGAUGAGCCGACGGCCAAGCCUUUGGAUCAGCACUUUUUCGACUUUGACUUGUACAAGGACGAGAUCUCGCGGGAACAGCUGCGGAGGAUGCUGUACGACGAGAUUGUGUCGUUUCAGCGUCCCUAG